AUGCCGACCGACAAGACGCAGGAGUCAGGCAGGAGCCUCGAGGAGAUGGUUGCCAAGAUCCACGAGACGAAGAAGCCAUUUCUUCAAGCGAUGGAAAACCUGGAAAAACUGGAGACGGCUAAGUUUACACCCGAAUACUUAGAGGCCAACGGCAAAGACGAGGUGAUGAAUGUUCUCGAGUUGAUCGGCUCGAUCUCUGGCUUGCAUUUCAUCUAUGAAAUAUAUGGCAAAGAUCUCACCACGGUCUCUGACUCGGAUGUCAUUGAUUUUCUCCUCGGCAAAAUUACAGUCCCUAAGGGUUUCCGCGAGAGCGAAAUUAUCAAACAGGUAUCGGACAACUAUGAAAUCAUGAAAAGCAAAUGGAUCAGAUAUGAAGCAGACUUGAAGGAGUUCGGCCUGCUCCGUGGAUCUAAGGAGAAGAUGGAACAACUGAAGGAUUUGUGGGAGGUUAUCCUGCCGCAUCUCAACGACACUCAAGACGAUCACCGCAUUGAGAAGAUCCACAAGAAACUGAGAAGCUUAAUUCAAGAGCCUGCUAAGUAA